UACAUGUCAUUUCAGCUCCGAAAUUCUUUUUUUUGGUCGUUUGUUUUAAUGAAACAGAAGGCGUUUUUUUUGUGAAGUUAUUUUUAAAACUCAUCCUGCCAGGCCAGUUUGUCAAGUUUCAGGGUUGGUAUGUAGUCAGGUAGCCAUUACGCAGGUAAAGGGAGUGAACAAAACUCCACAAUUGUUUGUGGCGAGGACAGAACAAACAUGGUACAAUAACCAGAAACUGGAAGAUCAUACGGAAAGAAAAAAAAAGAAAUUAUCGACAUAGAAUAAUACUGUGGGCGACCUCCAGACGUUUCUCCACUAUGAGUCGGGAGCGAGCAGACUCCCAGGGGUCACUUGGGCCUGACGAUGAGGUCAUGCCAUAUAGUGACGACGAGACAGAUGAUGAGUUGGACCCCGGCUCAGACGAAGAGCGGCCACAGGUCGAAGAGGCCAAGAGCACCGAGUCUGGUUGGAGAGUCAAAGCAAACGACAGGGCCUUCUGUAACCUGCCAGAGUUUCAGAAAAAAUAUUUCUUGUGUCUCAAGAAGAGUAAAUAUGCAGGGAAUGGAAUCAAGACAUACAAAUAUAACGCGUUGACGUUCAUCCCACUGAAUCUGUUCGAGCAGUUCAAACGAGCUGCUAACCUUUACUUCCUGGCCCUGCUCAUCUUACAGAUCAUUCCUGAGAUCACCACGUUGCCUUGGUACACCACCUUAGUGCCUUUAGUUCUGGUGCUGGGAAUCACAGCCAUCAAAGACCUGGUGGACGAUCUGGCCCGCCACAGGAUGGACAACGAGAUCAAUAAUAGGAAGUGUGAAGUUCUCCUGGACGGCAGGUUUCAAGUGUCGAAGUGGAUGAAUAUCCAUGUUGGUGAUGUGGUUCGUUUGAAGAAAAAUGAUCACAUCCCGGCCGACAUUCUGUUGUUGUCCAGUUCAAACCCCAACAGUCUUUGUUAUGUUGAAACCGCCGAGCUCGAUGGGGAAACCAACCUGAAGUUUAAAAUGGGCCUGAAAGUGACAGACGAGAGACUGCAGGAGGAGGGCCAGCUGGCACAGUUUGACGCCGUGAUAGUGUGUGAGGAGCCUAACAACCGUCUGGAUAAGUUCACGGGGACCAUGCGUUGGAGGAAAGACCGCUUCCCUCUGGAUCUGGACAAUAUGAUGCUGAGAGGAUGUAGGAUCAGAAACACUGACGAGUGUCACGGACUGGUCAUCUUCGCAGGCGCCGACACUAAAAUCAUGAGGAAUGGGGGCAAGACCAGAUUCAAGAGGACUAAAAUCGAUGAAUUGAUGAACUACAUGGUGUACACUAUCUUUGUAAUCCUGGUCCUGUUGUGUGCUGGCCUGGCCAUCGGAAACACCUUCUGGUACGAGGAAGUAGGCAGCAAGGCCUGGUAUCUGUAUGACGGUAAGGACCAGACUGCUUCUUACAGAGGUUUCCUCAGCUUCUGGGGGUACAUCAUCGUGCUCAACACCAUGGUUCCCAUCUCCCUCUACGUCAGUGUGGAGGUGAUUCGUUUGGGCCAGUCUAAGUUCAUCAACUGGGACCUUCAGAUGUACUACCAGGAGAAAGACACCCCAGCCAAGGCCCGCACCACCACCCUCAACGAGCAACUGGGUCAGAUCGAAUACAUCUUCUCAGAUAAGACCGGUACCCUCACGCAGAACAUCAUGGCCUUCAAGAAAUGCACCAUUGCUGGACACACCUUUGGUGACCCUGCUAAUGUUGCGGGUGUACCUCUGGAUCGUGGGAAGCCAGUGGACUUCACCUGGAACAAGUACGCAGACAGGAAGUUUGAGUACUUGGAUCAUUCCCUGGUGGCCUGCAUCCGGUCCAUGAAGGACAAAGACACCUUGGAGUUCUUCAAGCUGCUGUCUCUGUGUCACACUGUCAUGGUGGAGCAGAAAGAAGAUGAGUUGGUGUACCAGGCAGCCUCUCCUGAUGAGGGAGCUCUGGUGACUGCUGCCAGGAACUUUGGUUUUGUGUUCCUGUCCCGUACCCAGGACACCAUCACCAUCAGCGAGAUGGACCAGGAGAUGACCUACGAGGUGCUGGCCCUGCUCGACUUUAACAGCGACCGCAAACGCAUGUCCAUCAUCCUGAGGUUCCCUGACGGUCGGAUCCGUUUGUACUGCAAAGGAGCAGACACGGUCAUCUACGAACGCCUCUCUCCUAACUCCAAACACAAGGAAGUGACCCAGACUGCUCUAGACAUCUUUGCCAACGAGACUCUCCGGACCUUGUGUCUGUGCUACAAGGAUAUCAGUAAGCAGGAGUUUGACGCCUGGGCUAAGAAGCACAAGGCUGCCAGUGUUGCUAUGGGCAACAGGGAGGCUGCUCUAGAUCGAGUGUAUGAACAGAUUGAGAGCAACCUCAUGAUGAUCGGAGCGACUGCCAUCGAGGACAAGCUACAGGACGGCGUUCCUGAGACCAUCGCCAAGCUGGCAAAGGCUGACAUCAAGAUCUGGGUCCUGACUGGAGAUAAGAAAGAAACGGCUGAGAACAUUGGCUAUUCCUGUAAGCUGCUUACCGAUGAUAUGCAGAUCCACUAUGGAGAGGAUGUCAAUGAGAAGCUGCGGAUCAGACAGGCAAACCGAAGGGAUCAGCCGCCUGCAUUCGGUCGGACCAGGAAGAAGGUACCGGAUCCUUUCUUCCCUGAGCCUGGCAGGAACGCCCUCAUCAUCACUGGAGGCUGGCUGAACGAGAUCUUAUACGAGAAGAAAAAGAAGCGUCGCCGUCUUCGACUGAAGCGUCUCGGUAAGAGACCCGCCUCCGCCACGCCCCAGGAUGCCGCCCAGCCAAUCGACGACUGGGAGAAGGAGACUCGUCAGGUGGACUUUGUGAACAUGGCGUGCGAGUGCGAGGCGGUCAUCUGCUGUCGUGUCACGCCAAAACAAAAGGCCAACGUGGUCAGCCUGGUGAAGAAGUACAAGAAGGCUGUCACGCUGUCCAUCGGAGACGGAGCCAACGACGUCAACAUGAUCAAGACUGCAGACAUCGGUGUGGGUAUAUCUGGACAGGAGGGCAUGCAGGCGGUGAUGUCCAGUGACUAUGCCUUCGCUCAGUUCCGGUACCUGGAGCGUCUCCUGCUGGUCCACGGUCGCUGGUCCUACAUCCGCAUGUGCAAGUUCCUCCGCUUCUUCUUCUUCAAGAACUUUGCCUUCACCCUGGUCCACUUCUGGUACUCCUUCUUCAAUGGGUUCUCAGCUCAGGUUGCCUAUGAAGACUGGUUCAUUACUUUAUACAACGUGAUGUACAGCUCCCUUCCCGUCCUGUUGGUUGGCUUAUUGGAUCAGGACGUGAAUGACAAACUGAGUAGAAAGUUCCCCAAGUUAUACCUCCCUGGUCAGCAGGGGGCGCUGUUCAACUACAAGAACUUCUUCAUCAGUCUGUUCCACGGCAUCUUCACCUCUCUGGUGAUCUUCUUCAUCCCGUACGGGGCGUUCCUCCAGACCAUGGGGCAGAAUGGAGAGGCACCGUCAGACUACCAGUCCCUGGCUGUGGUCAUGGCUUCCUCUCUCAUCUUCACAGUCAACAUGCAGAUCUCUCUGGAGACGUCAUACUGGACCUUUGUGAACUGCUUCGCCGUCCUUUGCAGUAUAGCCAUAUACUUCGGCAUCAUGUUCGAUAUCCACAGUGCAGGAAUCCACGUCAUCUUCCCAUCAACCUUCACUUUCACCGGAGUGGCCUCUAACGCGCUCAGACAGCCCUAUCUGUGGCUGACCAUCAUCCUGACUGUGGGGAUCACCCUGCUUCCUGUCAUCUGCAUCCAGUUCCUCUACAAAACCAUAUGGCCGUCCGUUGGAGACAAUGUCCAGAGGAACAGGAAGAAGUAUGAGAUGGAGGAGGUAGAGGAGGAGAAAUCCACUCCCUUCCAGCGAGGAAGACGCUCCCGCCGCUCAGCUUACGCCUUCUCUCACUCCAGAGGCUACGCCGACCUCAUCGCGUCCGGCCGCAGCAUCCGAAGACGACCUGCUACAGCACGCCCCAACCCCAGGGACAGCAUCCGAGAGAUCCCCCAGGCCGAGAACAUAUGAGGUGGUGGUGGUUGGGGGCUCACCUCACCACACCAGGGCCUGGUCCUAGAUCUGUUUGUGCUGUCUUACAACUCCUGUGGUAAAUGUCAGUUUCUGACCAUAGGCGUUGUCAAGACGACACAAACAGAUCUGUGACCAGGCUAGCCUGUCAUGCCUAUGCUUUUAGGAGGUUGAUGAAGCUGAGACCAUAUUUGAGGUCUCCCCGGCAUGAUCUUACUAAACAAAAGACCCUUCCACCCAAAAGCUUACUGAAGCCCUUUUGUAUUGGGGAUUUAAUGUUUAAGGUUUUGUGUAACAGACAACGUUGUUUAUCACAGAAUGGCUCGUCAUUACUGGGUACUCCAGAUAUACCUUGGCCCGUAUUGAUGAAGCCUUAGUUUGAGUACUGAUCUAGGAUCAGGUCCUACCCCAUGUACAUGUAAUCUUGUAAUUAUCUAAAAGGGAAUACUGUUCCUAGAUCAGCAUUUUGUGAAUACGGGCCCAAGAGUUAUCGGGUUGGCCUUGUUUAAACGGACUAAAUUUAAUAUAUUGUUAAUAUUAUUGUUGGUUUGUAUUUCACUGGAUCAGUUGUGAAAAUGUAUACUUGCAGUCAGAAGGGUGUCAUAAUCAUGAUUUUAUAUUUAAAUGUACAAGAAUUUCAGCUUUAUUUUCUGUUCAAAACGCUGGAUCCUAGAAGUAAGGUAUGUUUUCCACAGUUUAUUUUAUGGUGUCCUUCCUUAUUGCUGUGAGCCAUUUAACACUCUCUUUAUGCACAUGGAUUCAUUGUAUACGUGCCAAUAGAACCCUGCUGAACCAGUUGUAUACAUGCCAAUAGAACCCUGCUGAACCAGUUGUUUACGGUGAUCCAAUAGAACCCUGCUGAACCAGUUGUAUACGGUGAUCCAAUAGAACCCUGCUGAACCAGUUGUUUACGGUGAUCUAAUAGAACCCUGCUGAACCAGUUGUUUACGGUGAUCUAAUAGAACCCUGCUGAACCAGUUGUAUACAUGCCAAUAGAACCCUGCUGAACCAGUUGUUUGCGGUGAUCCAAUAGAACCCUGCUGAACCAGUUGUAUACAGUGAUCCAAUAGAACCCUGCUGAACCAGUUGUUUACGGUGAUCUAAUAGAACCCUGCUGAACCAGUUGUUUGCGGUGAUCUAAUAGAACCCUGCUGAACCAGUUGUUUACGGUGAUUUAAUAGAACCCUGCUGAACCAGUUGUUUACGGUGAUCCAAUAGAACCCUGCUGAUCCAGUUGUAUACAUGCCAAUAGAACCCUGCUGAACCAGUUGUUUACGGUGAUCUAAUAGAACCCUGCUGAACCAGUUGUUUACGGUGAUCCAAUAGAACCCUGCUGAACCAGUUGUUUACGGUGAUCUAAUAGAACCCUGCUGAACCAGUUGUUUACGGUGAUCUAAUAGAACCCUGCUGAACCAGUUGUUUGCGGUGAUCUAAUAGAACCCUGCUGAACCAGUUGUUUGCGGUGAUCUAAUAGAACCCUGCUGAACCAGUUGUUUACGGUGAUCCAAUAGAACCCUGCUGAACCAGUUGUAUACAUGCCAAUAGAACCCUGCUGAACCAGUUGUUUACAUGCCAAUAGAACCCUGCUGAACCAGUUGUUUACGGUGAUCCAAUAGAACCCUGCUGAACCAGUUGUUUACGGUGAUCCAAUAGAACCCUGCUGAACCAGUUGUUUACGGUGAUCCAAUAGAACCCUGCUGAACCAGUUGUUUACGGUGAUCCAAUAGAACCCUGCUGAACCAGUUGUUUACGGUGAUCCAAUAGAACCCUGCUUGAACCAGUUGUUUACGGUGAUCCAAUAGAACCCUGCUGAACCAGUUGUUUACGGUGAUCCAAUAGAACCCUGCUUGAACCAGUUGUUUACGGUGAUCCAAUAGAACCCUGCUGAACCAGUUGUUUACGGUGAUCCAAUAGAACCCUGCUGAACCAGUUGUUUACGGUGAUCCAAUAGAACCCUGCUGAACCAGUUGUUUACGGUGAUCCAAUAGAACCCUGCUGAACCAGUUGUUUACGGUGAUCCAAUAGAACCCUGCUGAACCAGUUGUUUACGGUGAUCCAAUAGAACCCUGCUGAACCAGUUGUUUACGGUGAUCCAAUAGAACCCUGCUGAACCUCUGGACAAAUUUAGUUUGACCGGUUUUUAGCUGAGCUUUUUUCCAGAUCAUAAACUGAUGCAAAUAGCUUCUUGCCAUUCUUUAAUGAAUUGAGCUUUUAUUAUAUAUUAUAUAUUAUUACAUUAUAGAUAACUGUUAUUAUAGUAUCAACACUGUCCAUCCUCUUUUAUUUUUUUUGCUUAUUUUUGUAACAGGAUGGUUAUUACUAUGACUUUUGGUGUAAAAUGGCAAUGGUCUAAAUAUUUACUUGUGCCUCAAAUGGCAUUCUACUCCCUAUUUAGUGCACUACUUUUAACCAAGGCCUAUGGGGCUUCGGUCAAAAGUAGUGCACUACAUAGGGAAUAGGGUGCCAUUUUGGUAUUUAACCAUUUGAAAUGAAGUAUGAAUGGAAUUGGCAAUUUGCAAUAUUUGCUAUGAAGGACCAACCUGCUCAGACGUUUCAAUGAGUUUAAUAUUUUGACUUGGGCUUUGACUCAAUCCACAAGGAUGCAGUCUUUGGAUUGAGUCUCAGCCAUGGCUAUUUUAUUGGCCUAAUGCAUUAUAUCAGCCUUUUAUCAAUAUGAUCUCUGUCGAACAGUACUGUUUAAUGUGUAUAAAUACUCUUUGUUCUGUUACACACUUCAUCAUGCUGUAUAACAAAUGGACUGUAAUUGUAUUUUAAAGGUUUGUGUAUACAUUUGCAUUAUACAUUUGUAUACACAAAACUGAACAAUGGCCUUUAGUGGUCAACUGGGCCACUCUUAAAACUACAUUUUUUUUUUUAAAUUCUUGUUUUUAGUAUAUUAAUGAUAUAAAGUACCUUGUAAAAUGACUUUGAAUAAAGACUGACUAUACCGAGAA